AUGGCGGAUGUGGAUCGAAAGCUCAUUUUUACCUACAUGGGACAGUGCAAGGGAAAGGAGGAUCUUCCGGUGUACUUGCCGGAUUUUAAGAUUGAACAGGCAAAUCGCAAUCAGUACUUCAUGUCGGGGGAUAUUGUUGUGAGGGAACCCUACCCAAGGGGAUUCAGUAUCUUCAUUGACAUCAAGAAGUGCUCAAACCCAUCUGUUGCUGAUUCGUGCAAAACCUUCCUCAACAACAUGGCUACGUCGGAUAUUUGUACAAUGCUGGAUCUACCGUUGCCUUCGUACAGUACCUUUGUUCGCUCCUUGAAGCCACCUCUUAAGUGCCCGAUAAAGCAAACAACUUACCACAUGGAUAGUUUUGAGGUGGAGGACUCCCUGACAAAGUACAUGCCAGUCUCCAGGAGCAUCUCAUACUGGAAUGUAACCAUAAAGGCGCGUCAGGAUAAAAAGGAAGUAGCCUGCAUUAGCUUCCAAAUGCACUCUAGACCUGUAGCAAAGCAAUCUCGUCGAAAUUAGAGUUAGCACCGAUUUUAUUUUAUUUUGUUGAAGGGAUUUUUUUGUUGGGAAGAUUAAAUUCAAGU